GCCUCCACGCAUGCGAACGAUCAGGAGGAUCACCUUAAACAGAUAGCAGCUAUGGCGGAGAGCACCUCAUCCCGCCUGGCGGUGCAGGCACCCGGCGGAGCAGGAGUUGCGCCCGACGGGACACCCUACAUCCGCACCAUCGAAUGGGACAUGAUGAACAAGACCAAGUUCUUUCCGCUCUCCAUGCUCAGCUCCUUCUCGGUGCGCUGCUGCCUCUUCCCGCUCACGGUGAUCAAGACGCAGCUGCAGGUGCAGCACAAGAGCGAUGUCUACAAGGGCAUGGUGGACUGUGCCAUGAAGAUCUACCGCUCGGAGGGAGUGCCCGGCCUGUACAGGGGCUUCUGGAUCUCCUCCGUGCAAAUAGUGUCCGGCGUCUUCUACAUCAGCACCUACGAGGGCGUGCGCCAUGUGCUCAGCGAUCUGGGCGCCGGGCAUCGGAUGAAGGCCCUCGCCGGCGGCGGCUGCGCCUCGCUGGUGGGCCAGACCAUCAUAGUUCCUUUCGACGUGAUAUCGCAGCACGCCAUGGUGCUCGGCAUGUCGGCCCAUGCCGGCUCCAAGGGCGAUAUCAACCCGCUGGGCAUCAAGUCGUGGCCCGGUCGCAGUCGCCUGCACAUCUCCAUGGACAUUGGCAGGGAGAUAAUGCGACGCGAUGGCUUCCGGGGCUUCUACCGCGGCUACACCGCCAGCCUGAUGGCCUACGUACCUAAUUCGGCCAUGUGGUGGGCCUUCUAUCACCUCUAUCAGGACGAACUUUUCCGCAUCUGCCCCGUCUGGGUGUCCCAUCUGUUUAUCCAGUGCGUGGCCGGCAGCCUGGGUGGCUUCACAACGACAAUACUAACCAAUCCAUUAGAUAUAGUGCGAGCGCGUCUGCAGGUCCACCGUCUGGAUUCGAUGAGCGUCGCUUUCCGGGAGCUCUGGCAGGAGGAGAAGCUGAACUGCUUCUUCAAGGGCCUGUCCGCCCGCCUGGUGCAGUCGGCAGCCUUCUCAUUCAGCAUUAUCCUAGGUUACGAGACCAUCAAGCGCAUUGCGGUGGACGAGCAGUACAAGCACCAGAUCCGCUGGUGAAGAGCGCACAAUCCCCAGCCAAACUGAAACCAACUCAAAACUGCAUUUACGCGACGUACUGAGAACCACCAGAACCUGAGGAGAUUCGCCGAAGAUUGUAAAUAACAAAGGCUAGAGGAAGCAGCAGAGGAGCAGAAGUUAAUUAGUUGAAUUGCCAAUGAUAGCGAAUUAUUAAAUCACUUUUGGCGGACGCAUCGAGGAUGUACUUUUGUAGAGGACUAGGAUGUUCAAGUAACGCAAUUCAAUAUGCAAAUACCCCAAAGUGUUGUAGCUUAAAGUGUACAUUAUUUUUGUUAUACUUAGUCGUUUUAUACCUAACACGCAUAGAGGCCGAUCGGUGACAAGAAUAAUUUAUUAUACACAUAACUAUACUUGUACUUGUACGUAAUUGAUGAUGAUGUUGAUAAUACUGUUGAUUACCUUGGUAGCCCAAUUACUUUUACACCAUUUAGCACAGCAAUGUUUGCGCCAACAAAUACCACAAACUGGACAUGCCGAAUUAGAAAUUAAUAUCGAAACAGGGUCGCCCCUUCCCAAAGGUCGGGAGGCACUUACUUAGUUAAGCAUUCGUGUGUGUGUUCUCUGAGUGGAUAAACUAGUUUUAGUUUGCAUUAUAAUAAAGUACAAACCAAGAAUUGUUACAUUUUUGGCCCUGUAAACUAUGAAA